AUGGCUGAAGGGACUCGUUUGCGCCAACUCGAUGAGAAUAUCAAGACCCUGCAAGACUCCUACACUUCCCAUGGUGAGCGUCUGAACUCGUUGCAGGCUGCCUUCGAGAACCAGCAGAAGACCAUGUCUGAGAUGGUUUCCCGUUUUACGGUCAUGGACGGUCGCAUCGAGCAGAUUCUUCGGUUUUCACCACCGGAAUUUGGCUCCGCCGGUGAGUCGCGGCCUUCCGAUGGUCUCCUUCCCAUUCCCCCUGCUCCCCCAUUUCAGCCCAUUUCCACUCCUCCACCCCAGAUCCAAACUCGCACAGUCAAACUCGAUUUCCCUCGGUUUGAUGGCAACGAUCCCUUGGGUUGGAUAUUCAAAGCUGAAAGGUUCUUCGACUUUCAUCACACGGCCGAGGAUCACCGUCUCCUGAUCUCCUCCUUCCAUAUGGACGGUCGUGCGUUGCAAUGGUUUCAGUGGAUGUUCCGCAGCGGCCAGUUUUCCACGUGGCCGGCUUUCACCCAAGCUCUGGAGAUCCGAUUUGGGCCCUCUGAGUUUGAAGAUCAUCAGGGUGCUCUCGCCAAACUCACCCAAACUGCCUCUGUAUCUGAGUUUCAGUCCCAAUUCAAAGCACUCGCGAAUCGCACCACCAACCUUCCGACCACUUUUCUCGUUAGUUGUUUUAUUUCUGGACUCCGCCCCGAUAUCCGAAAUGAGGUGUUGGCCUUUCGCCCCACUUCCUUGACUCAGGCCAUUGCUCUUGCUCGUCUCCAGGAGACGAAACUCUCUGAGUGUCGCCGUUCCUUCCAGCGUAUCACCCCUACCAUGGGACCACAACGGCCAUUAGCCUUGCCGGCACCCCCCACGGCGUCGCAUACCUCACCUUCCACGGCCCGAAAUUCUGUUCGUCUACCGAUUCGUCGUCUCACCCCCGCCGAGAUGCAGAGCCGUCGUGAGAGGGGCCUUUGUUACAAUUGCGACGAACGAUUUGUUGCUGGCCAUCGCUGUAAAACACGUCAACUCUUUAUUAUGGAUUAUGAGGAUAUGGUCAUCAAUGACGUUGCUCCAGAGCCUGAUGACCCCCCCGAUUCACCGGAUCCGGAUCCCACCUUCCAUUCUGAGCUCUCUUAUCAUGCUUUAGCAGGGUAUUCUUCUCCCACAACGAUCCGCUUCACCGGAUUCAUUGCUGGUUGCCCCAUCCAGGUUCUCGUCGACGGCGGCAGCACUCAUAAUUUUUUUCAGAGCCGUGUCGCGCGCCAUUUGGGCUUAGCAAUCGAGGCAUCACCCAGGGUUGGCGUUCUUGUGGGCAAUGGGGAUCGCUUAUCCAGCGAAGGUGAGAUAAAACAACUACAGGUUCAACUCUUGAACCAUACUGUGACCAUUGAUGCUUAUGUCUUACCAUUGUUUGGGGCUGAAUUGGUCCUUGGUGUUCAGUGGUUGGCCAGUUUGGGCCCUGUUAUUUUUUAUUAUCAGAACUUAACUCUUGAAUUUGUGUCUGAUGGUAUGAGGAUUAUUCUCAAGGGAGAAACCCCCCAGUCUCAACCACCGCUCCAGUAUCAACAUCUGCGGCGUAUUGUUGACACUGGUUCCUAUGUGGCGAUGUUUCAACUGGAAGUGCAAUAUGCAGCGGCUCCUUCGCUCCAAUGUGACAACCCUGCUCUUCAACAGCUGUUGGAAUCUUUUGCCUCUGUGUUUGAGAUUCCUCAUGGGUUGCCCCCCCACCGAGUCCAGGAUCAUGCCAUUCCGCUGCAACCCGGUUCUCUACCGGUGAAUGUAAAGCCGUACUGUUACCCUCACUUUCAAAAAACAGAGAUCGAGCGCUUAGUGGGAUCAAUGUUGGAGGAUGGGAUCAUAAGACCCAGCAAUAGCCCAUUUUCUUCGCCAGUUCUCCUCGUUAAGAAGAAGGAUGGAACCUGGCGCUUCUGUGUAGAUUACAGAGCAUUAAACUCGGUGACCAUUAAAGAUCGAUUUCCUCUCCCCACGGUGGAUGAACUUCUGGACGAACUGCAUGGAGCAAAGAUUUUUUCCAAAUUAGACCUGCGGUCAGGGUAUCAUCAGAUACGCAUCCAACCCGAUGACAUCCACAAGACAGCUUUCCGCACUCACGAUGGCCACUUCGAAUUUUUGGUCAUGCCGUUCGGCCUCACCAACGCUCCAGCAACAUUCCAGGCUACCAUGAACGAUAUUUUCAGGCCAUUCCUGCGUCGAUUUGUGUUGGUUUUUUUCGACGAUUUGCUUGUCUACAGCACCACUUGGCCGGAUCAUCUACGUCAUCUUACCCAAGUCUUAGAGCUCCUCCAUGCCAACUCCCUGUUUGCCAAGAUGUCGAAAUGUUCAUUUGGCCAAUCCUCCAUUGAGUAUUUGGGUCAUAUUGUCUCCGAUCAGGGGGUCACUAUGGAUCCCUCCAAGGUUGCAGCGAUGUUAGACUGGCCAGUACCACAAACUCUCCGAGCACUUCGUGGCUUCUUGGGGCUUACAGGGUACUACCGGCGUUUUAUUCGCCACUACGCUCAAAUUGCAGCGCCGCUGACCGACUUACUUCGCAGUGGGGGAUUCAAAUGGAACGAAGCUGCCCAAACUGCCUUUAAAGCAUUGCAGAAGGCAAUUACCACAGCUCCUGUCCUCGUGCUCCCUGAUUUCACAGUCCCCUUUACCCUCGAAACCGAUGCGUCUGGAGUCGGAGUGGGGGCGGUUCUCUCCCAAAAUGGCCACCCAGUGGCUUUCUACAGUAAGAAAUUGGGCCCUAAGUUGCAGUUGGCUUCAGCCUAUGUUCGAGAGAUGUAUGCAAUCACUGAGGCAGUAGCUAAAUGGCGCCAGUACCUUCUUGGGCGCAUGUUCCACAUACGCACGGAUCAGCGCAGCCUCAAGGACCUUAAUGAUCAGGUCAUCCAGACCCCAGAACAACAGCGGUGGCUUUCAAAAUUGUUGGGCUAUGUGUUCGACAUUUCUUAUAAACCGGGCAGAGAUAACGUUGUGGCUGAUGCUCUGUCUCGUUCCCCCGUGGAGUUCUUUGGGUUCUCCAUGCCCACCUUCGAUUUCCUCUCCCAAUUGAAGGCCGAAGUACAGAACCACCCUGAAUUGGUCGCCAUCUACUCUGGCUUGGUCCACGACCCCUCUUUACUAGCUCGUUUUGGCGCGAAUUGUUUCGGUUACAGGGAACGACCUUGGCGAUGA